GCGAGCCCCGCCGCCAUGGAUCCGUUUCUGGGGCUGCUGCACUCGCUGUCGUCCGGGCUGUCGAGCAGCGAGCUGACCGAGCUCAAGUUCCUGUGCCACGGGCGCGUGGGCAAGCGGAAGCUGGAGCGCGUGCAGAGCGGCCUGGACCUCUUCUCGGUGCUGCUGGAGCAGAGCGACCUGGAGCCCGAGCGCACCGAGCUGCUGCGCGAGCUGCUCACCGAGCUGCGGCGCCACGACCUGCUGCGGCGCCUGGACGCCUUCGAGGCGGGGGCGGCGGGCGGGCCGGCGCCGGGGGCCGAAGACCUGCGCGUGGCCUUCGACAUCGUGUGCGACAACGUGGGCAGGGAGUGGCGGAGGCUGGCCCGGCAGCUCCAGGUCUCGGACGCCAAGAUCGACGGCAUCGAGGAGCGCUUUCCCCGGAACCUGUCGGAGCGGGUGAGGGAGUCGCUGAGAGUCUGGAAGAACGCGCAGAAGGAGGGCGCCACCGUGGCCCGCCUGGUGGAGGCGCUCAGGGGCUGCGGCAUGAACCUGGUGGCCGACCUGGUGGAGGAGCAGCAGCAGGCCCGGGGCCGGGACCAGGGCGGGGCCGCGUCCCCGAUGUCCUGGGACUCCGGAGCACCCUGACGUGACGUCGGCGCUGGCUUCUCUCCCAGAGGUGGCCCCAAGCCGGCCCCGCUGGACCAGAGCUGCACCUGCUAAGCACCCCUCCGUGCCGCCGGCUCCGGGCGCUGCAGGCUUUCUCUUCUGUCUCGCUCCGGCCCCCGGACAGCGUUUCCGUUGCCUUCCUUGGGCGCGGAGGACCGGGUGAAUGGGCGUGAGGAGGGUGGUCGGGGGCUGCGGGGGGCCGAGCAGACAGGAGAGCGGGCAGCUGAGCCCGUGGUGUCCUGCUGCUGCCCCCGCCGGUUCCUGCGAAGCCCUCAGGACAGACCUGGGGGCCUGGCUCAGCAGCUGUCUGGCUCUUGGGCCGUACUUGCCGGGGGUUGGCGCCCCGCUCCGGCCGUGGCGGUUCCCAUGAGGACCGGCCCCUGUGGUGCUACGGUUUCCUGAUAUUCUGAAUCAGUCUGUUUUUCUACUGUCGGGAGGCCAUCCUCUGGCUCCCCAGCUCGUCCUGUCCACGCAAGUGCCUUAGGGCGGGAACUGCCCCGGGCAGAGCGCUCGGGAGUGACCACCAGCCUUGGGAUGUGCCUGGCCCGAGAGCUGUGUCACCUUGACUCUGGCUGGCCAAGGCCUGGGCCAGGGUCAUGGGGAUCCCUGUCCCCAGUGAGCUGUGGCCGGCUGAGGCCCCCCUCCUCACCUUCUGCAGGUGCCAGGCACCCCAUGAGGGACGGGCGCUGGUGGCCAAGAACAGGGCCUGGCUGUGCUGGGCCGCGGUGACCGUGGGGGGCCCGACCCCCGCACACACUGCGCACAGCACAGAGCGGGAGGACAGCCCUGGGGCGCCUGCAGGCCCCCAGGUACAGCUGAGCCCAGGCCUUGUGCCUGGUUCCCCACAAGCCCCCUGCCGCUCCCCUCUUCUGAGCCAGCCCCGCAGCCCGUCCCCCAUCGGCAACCAGAGACGGCCGCAGACCUGGCCAUCCGAACCCGCCCCUCAGUGCCCGUUUCCCGGCUCUGUGGCCACCGUGGUGGCAGCAGCGGCUAUGGGGCGCAUGUGGAGCAAGUCCUGGACGAGUGACGUUCCCGGGGCAGCGGCCAUUUGGGUCCUCACAGCUGCCUGGCAGGUGCGAUCAUGUGGGCACACCUGGGACCCUGGGUACAUGUGUGAGCCUGUGUGCACGCAUGAGCUUGUGUACAUAUGUGUGCACACAGGUUCCUGUGUGUGCUGUGAUGUGUGCAUGUACUCGCAUGUUCACAUGACAGUGCAUGCAUGACCUUGUACAUGUCUGCACGCAUGUGAUCCUGUGUGUGCACCUGUGAUCUCUGUGUGCAUGAAUGAGCUUGUGUACAUGUAUAUGUACUGCAAGCCUAUGUACGUGUGAUCCUUGCGUGUGCACGUGGUCAUGUGUGCAAUCCUGUGUGCACUUGUGAUCCCGUGUGCAUGUUCACAUAUGAUCCUGCGUGCACACAUGUGAUCCUGUAUGCAUGCGGUCUUUGCAUGUGUGUGCACACAUGGUCCUGUGUGCGUGUGAUCCUGUGUGCAUGGUCUGUGUACUUGUGUGUGCACACAUGGUCCUGCGUGCACGUGUGAGCAUGUGUGUGUACAUGUGGUCCCGAGUGUGUGCACACAUGAUCCUACAUACACGUGCGAGCUUAUGUGUGCAUGAACAUGUGGUCCCAUGUGUGUGCACACAUGAUCCUGCGUGCACGCGUGUGUACCUGGGACAGCUUGUGCUCACACGGGGGAGGCGUGGGGUGGCUUCAGGACGCUGACGGCUGUGAACGUUCUCAGUGGCCCUGAGCUGCGCACUAACGUCAGGGCUGGAGUGGCCGCAUCGCGUGCUUUGCCGUGUUGUGUGUUUUGCCGUGGUUCAGAAGAUCAUGUUAAAGAAACCACGCGUUGAGGGUGCGAUUGGCCUGAGCCGCGUUCGCUUCCUGGGUCUUCCCCCCCUCUGCUCGGCAGCAGUUCCCGGCCUCACGCCUGUCUGGUUGGCACCUGUGCUAGAAGUCUGGGGGCCCGGGUCGGCACCGCCCCUUCCGGCGGGAUUCUCCUGAGAUGGGACCAGGCGCUCGGCGGUGGGCGGCUGCCCACCCCACAGCCCUGCCCCCUCCACCUGCCCCAGCACCUGUCUGCAGUGUGGCCCAGGCCCCUGUGCCUGGACUGUGGGCAAACAAGUGCUGGGGGGUGGGGGGGGUUCCCUUGGGCUUGCAUUGCCCCCACCCCACUCCAGGCAAGGAGCUGCGCGUGGCUGGGUCGGGGGUGCCUGCCCCUCCGUGCACCUGUGCCCCCCACAGCUGGAGUCCAUGCAGGCUACCCCAGGCAGGGCUGAUGCUGGACUUGCGGGUGGUGGGCCUGUGAGUCGGGGUCUUGGCUUCCAGAGCGAGUACACGGGCACGAGGCAAAGGGUGGGGCGGAGCCGAGGAGGAGGUGACCCAAGAGAGAGGCAGGGGCGGAGCCUCGAGGAGGGCCCUCCGCCUGGCCUCCACAGUGCGUCCCUAGGCCUGUGCACCGGCCUUCCCCGGUUCUCCCCGUGCCUGUAGCCGGUUCACGUCUGAGUGACUUAAUUGGUUUAAAAACCAGCUCCACUCCCAGAGCCCCGACGCCCCUCGCUGUCCGGGACCCACGGAUGCGGGGGGCUGGGACCCCGCACCAGGGGCCGCAGGGAGUGUGGCCCUGAUCAGAAUUCAAGUGGCCAACAAAACGGGGGUGGGGGGAGUCAGGGGCCUUGUGGAGGCAAAGGACCCAGAAUGGAGGAGGCUGAUCCAGGGCGGGGGCACCUGCCAGGGUUCGGGUCCCUGGGUGGGGGCGGGGAGGUGGCAGCCAACCCGGAAGAGUCUCGACAAUCGCCAAUGGGAGAAGGCGGCCGUGAGAUGAAGCCCGGAUCAAUCUGCCUGUUUAUUUAAAAAUGAAUAAAUAAGUCACGCCCUAGGAGGAGCUUCAAAGACAGAGGAUCACGUGUGAAA